AGUGAAGGACCCCCCACAUGUAUAUACUCACGUGUUUGUCUACAGUCAUGGCGGACAUGCAAAUGAAAAUUAUCCGCAAGAAAAUUCAAAAGAGAAAUGAGAAAAACAAGCAACGCAAACUGCUCAGAGAACAAAGGGAAGAAGAAGAAGGCAACGAUAAAGUAGAGUCGAAGGUUGUGCUGGAAGAGCCCGAAGUGACCAGUGAUUCUGCUCAGAAAGACACCGAAGAGAACGAAACGUCACAGAACAUCAAGAAGAGGAAAAAGAAAAGAAAAUUGGAUGGAACCGGAGACACGACAUCAAGUGUGAAAAAGGUCAAGAAGCCGAAUGAAGUUGAAGAUGCAACAGAAAUAUCAGAGGGAGAAGAGGAGCGACAAAAUGAUGAAAAACAGGAGGAGGAGGAGAGGAAAUCCGCCGAACCUGGGAAAUUACUGGAGAAUGGAAAUCAAGAAAAAGAGGGAUGUGCUGAUGAGGAAGAGGAUGAUGGACCAGAACUUCCUUCUGGACUGACAGGUGCAUUUGAGGACAGGUCAUUUGCAUCUUUGGCGGAGAUGGUGAGUGAGAAUACUCUUAAGGGAGUGAAGGAAAUGGGCUUUGACACCAUGACUGAGAUCCAGCACAAGACCAUACGUCCACUGCUAGAAGGGAGAGAUGUGUUGGCAGCAGCUAAAACAGGAAGUGGUAAAACUCUGGCUUUCCUGAUCCCCUCCAUUGAGCUCAUCUACAAACUCAAAUUCAUGCCCAGGAAUGGGACUGGAGUGAUCAUUCUGUCUCCCACUCGUGAGUUGGCCAUGCAGACAUACGGCGUGAUGAAGGAGCUGAUGACACAUCACGUGCACACAUACGGCCUCAUCAUGGGUGGCAGCAAUCGCUCAGCUGAAGCCCAGAAGCUUGCUAAUGGAGUCAAUAUUCUCGUUGCCACACCUGGCAGACUUCUUGAUCACCUGCAGAACACACCCGGAUUCAUGUUUAAGAACCUUCAGUGUCUGAUCAUUGAUGAGGCUGACAGGAUUCUGGAGGUGGGCUUUGAGGAGGAGCUAAAGCAGAUCAUCAAACUACUGCCGAAAAAAAGGCAAACAAUGUUGUUUUCAGCAACGCAGACACGUAAAGUGGAAGAUCUUGCGCGAAUCUCCCUCAAGAAGGAGCCCCUGUAUGUGGGGGUGGACGACCACAAAGACACAGCCACUGUGGAAGGACUUGAGCAGGGUUAUGUUGUAUGCCCGUCUGAGAAGCGGUUCCUGCUUCUCUUUACGUUUCUGAAGAAGAACCGUAAGAAGAAGCUGAUGGUGUUCUUCUCGUCCUGCAUGUCUGUUAAGUAUCACUAUGAGCUGCUCAAUUACAUCGACCUACCCGUCAUGGCCAUUCACGGGAAACAGAAACAGACGAAGAGAACCACCACAUUUUUCCAGUUCUGUAACGCAGAUUCUGGCAUUCUGCUCUGUACUGACGUGGCUGCCAGAGGCCUUGAUAUCCCAGAGGUGGACUGGAUUGUUCAGUAUGACCCUCCUGAUGAUCCAAAGGAGUACAUCCACCGUGUUGGGCGAACAGCUCGUGGUAUUAAUGGCAGAGGACAUGCCCUCCUGAUCUUGAGACCAGAGGAGCUCGGCUUCUUACGAUUCCUCAGACAGGCCAAAGUUCCCUUGAGUGAGUUUGAGUUCUCCUGGAGUAAAAUCUCUGAUAUUCAAUCUCAGUUGGAGAAGCUGAUAGAAAAGAACUACUACCUUCACAAAUCAGCUCAGGAGGCCUACAAAUCCUAUGUCAGAGCCUACGACUCUCAUUCCCUCAAACAGAUCUAUAAUGUGGAGACACUGAACCUCCCCAAGGUGGCCAUGUCCUUCGGCUUUAAAGUGCCGCCCUUUGUGGAUCUCAAUGUUCACAGCAGUAAAGGGGUGAAGAUGCAGAAGAGAGGUGGCGGCGGAGGCUUCGGCUACCAGAAAUCUAAGAACAUCCAAAAGGCCAAGAUCUUCAAACAUGUCAACAAAGGAAAGGGAGACGGCCGACAGUUCUCACGCUGAGAAUAAGAUUGAUGUUCCUUGAUUCACCUCUUCUGAUCUAUGUGGAGUAUCUAUCAGACCACACAACUGUAAUAUUGUUCAAAGUUGUGCUGUCUGCAUUCCAUGUCUGUACAGAAAUCUGUUUUCAAAGGCCAUAAUAUCGGUAUAUAAUAGUUUUUACUGAAUUUUUCUUGUUACUGGCCCAACUAAGAGUAAAACGGAAACUUAUCUUGUGAUUUCUAAUUUCCAAGCUGCCUGGUCCCCACAUUGGACUGAACCUUCAACAUUUCAUCAUGAUGUACCAAUAUAACAAUACAAUGUUUAUUUUUUACCAAGAUAUUUUCAGCCAUAAGAAAUGCCACGAGGGAACAUUCAUGAACAUUUCUGAGUGGUUUUGCAAACAGACUGUUGAACCGACUCAUUGCAAUGGAUGUUUUGAAAGAACUGAUUUACGGAAUUAAAUCAAACUUCCCAUUCUAUCUGUAGGCAUUAUGAUGAGGGUUAAAUCAAUAGGAAGCUAUGUUACAACAAUACCUCUGUCUUAGGGUUUUCAUGCUCACAAAUUGAGUAAAAACUGACCAACUGCCAGAGGAAUACAAAUCACAUUUAAAUGUAAUAUUCAUGGUGUUAAUUUAUCAUCCAGUCCAAGUUGCAACCCAGCUAUUUAUAUAUUAUGCCACAAUCAGCAUCAGUGGUAAAUAAACAAACCACUUAAUAUGUACAUAAGCUAAGAAUUUAUUGCAAUCUCUGUUCUUGGGGCAAUUUAUGAACUAGAGAAUUAGAAAGACCCCAGAGCAGGAGAUGUGAUCCUAGGUUGUCUCUACCAUUGGUGUAUUAUAUGCAACUUUUCUAAUGCAAACAAUUACUUCAGUAAAUAAAUCUGUCAGAGUG